UGAUGUCAAUGUCAAAUUUGAGAAUUCCGUUUCGUAGUUUUACCAAAAAAGAAAAAACACGCAAAUCUUGAAAAAUACAGAAAAAUGUCUUUAGCAAAAAUAUUAGCACUUGACAAAGUGUCCAACUUUUUCAACAUAAUUCGCCAGAAUGGCGGGAUAAGAGGAUCACUGUACAAACUUUUCAGACAGGACGAACUCAAAGACGGUGUUCUAGUCGGUGAAGACAAGUACGGCAACAAGUAUUACGAGAACCCACGCUUCUUCUACGGCAGGAACAGAUGGGUGGAGUACUCUGAUAAGUACUUUUUGAACUACGAUGGCAGCCAGAUUCCCGCUGAAUGGUACGGAUGGAUGCAUUACAAAACCGACUUGCCACCACAUCAGGACCCAAGCAGACCCAAAUAUAAGUGGAUGAGCGAUUUCACGGAGAAUUUGUCCGGUACCACUGGCCAGUAUACACCUUACAGCACCACCAGGCCCAAAGUAGAACCCUGGGUGCCGCAGCAAAAAUCUAGCGUUUAAAAAAAAAUAACGGGAAAAAAAUUUAUUUCGAACUGGCAACGCAGAAAAUUAAAAAUAAAUCUGCUCUUUCUUUAAUUCUUUUUAAAACAGAUUCAAAUUUUGGAAAUAGAACACGCGAAACUUCUAUAUUAAUUUAUGCAAAAGAAAAUGACUUUUGAAUUAGGAACAAAAUGUUUUAGUUCCCUUAACGUUGUAUAGUUUUAAGUAGAAAAUGAAAUAAACAUAUUUAUAAAAUCA